AUGGAGCUCAACAAGGUGCUGUACAUGUACGCCGGCAUCGUGGCCCUGCUGCUCUGCUCCUCGGUGAACUUCAUACAGAGCCCCUCCGACGUGUUCGGCCCCGUGGCGCUCCUGGAGCCGACACCCUCCGCGGCGCGCGACUUCGGCGCCGUGGUCUCCGAGGCGCCCAUCGCGGUCAUGCAGCCCGGGUCCCCCGCCGAGAUCGCGCGGCUCCUGGGCGCGCUGUCGUCGUCCUCGUCCUCGGCGGCGGGGCCGGGGUCGAGGGCGGCCGUGGCGGCGCGCGGCGCGGGGCACUCGCUCCACGGGCAGGCCCAGGCGCGCGCCGGCAUUGUGGUGGAGACGCGCGCCCUGCCGCGCCUCGUGGAGGUGGUGCGGCGCGGGGACGGGGACGGCGGUGGGGACGCCUACGCGGACGUGGGUGGCGGCGCGCUGUGGGUGGAGGUGCUGGAGGAGUGCCUGAGGGCCGGCCUGGCACCGCGGUCGUGGACGGACUACCUGUACCUGACGGUGGGCGGGACACUGUCGAACGGCGGCAUUAGCGGGCAGGCGUUCAAGCACGGCCCGCAGAUCCGCAACGUGCUGCAGCUGGAGGUGGUCACAGGCACAGGGGAGGUGGUGACAUGCUCACCCACCCAGAGCCCGGAGCUUUUCUUCGCCGUUCUUGGUGGGCUUGGCCAGUUCGGUAUCAUAACCAGGGCAAGGAUUCCGCUGCAAGUUGCUCCGCCCAAGGUGAGAUGGGUGAGGGCCUUCUACGACAGCUUCGAGACGUUCACCAAGGACCAGGAGCUCCUGGUCUCAAUGCCGGAGCUGGUGGACUACGUGGAGGGGUUCUUGGUCCUGAACCAGCAGUCCCUGCACAGCUCCUCCGUCGCCUUCCCCGCCCCGGUCAACUUCAGCCCGGACUUCGGCUCCGACGACGGCAGCAGCAAGGUCGUCUACUACUGCAUCGAGUUCGCGGUGCAUGACUUCCAACAGCAAGACUCCACCGCUGCUGAUCAUGUUGUGGACCUGGUCUCGGGGAAGCUGAGCUAUCUGAGGCCCCACGCGUACAGCGUGGAGGUGGCCUACUGGGAUUUCCUCAACAGGGUGCGGAUGGAGGAGGAGAGCCUCAGGAGCCGGGGCCUCUGGGACGUGCCGCACCCCUGGCUCAACCUCUUCGUGCCCAGGCAUGGCGUCGCGCGGUUCAAGGACCUGCUCAUGGACACCGUCACGCAGGGAGACUUCGAGGGGCUCGUCCUCGUCUACCCCCUCCUCACUGACAGGUGGGACGGCAACACGUCGGCGGUGGUUCCGGCGUCGCCGGACGGGGUGAUGUACGUCUUCAGCGUGCUCCGGUCGACGGACCCGGCGCGGUGCGGCCGCGCCUGCGUGGAGGGCAUCCUGGAGCAGCACCGCCGGGUGGCCGACGAGGCCUGCCGGCGCCUCGGCGCCAAGCAGUACCUGGCGCGGCAGCCGUCGCGGGCGCACUGGCACGAUCACUUCGGGGCGGCGGCCUGGGACCGGUUCGUGGCCCGGAAGGCGCGCUUCGACCCCAUGCAAGUGCUUGGGCCGGGCCAGGGGAUUUUCUCGUGGACCGACUCCGCGAGCCCGGUGUGA